AUGGACACAACGAAUAUUGAAAAUGGUGACCAUACGGUUGCUAUAACCCAUUUCAUUAAUCCUCACCUUUUUUGGUAUCGUAAAAUUGGCGGACCAGAUGACAAUUUUCAUGCCCUGUCCACAAUGGAGGAGAGACUUCAAAUUCUCUAUCGCGGUAAACCGGCCACAGACCGUUGUCGCCUUGUCGUGGGCGAUAUAGUCGCCGUGAAUUUCGUCGUCUGGAAUAAAUACAUACGCGCUGAAAUUUUACAAAUUGCCGAACUGCAACAAGAAGAGUAUAUCGUGUGGGCCAUAGACUACGGUUUUCCGUUGCUAACCAAACGUCAGCAUUUACGUUAUUUACCUGAGGCCUUGGCCAAUCGAAUCGGUCAUGUAUAUCGUGGCGGCGUGGCCAAUAUACAACCAGCUGUGCUGGAAUAUGAUCAUAUCCAAAGUAAUAUUGUUCUGGCAAAACAGGAUGAAUGGAUACAGCGGUCGUGUGAUAUGAUGGAAAAACUAUUAUCCGAUGCUUCGUGCAUUGUUUUUGUUGAUCAGUUUCAAACGGCCGACGAUCACCAUUGGGGCGAUCUAUUUAUAACCAAUCACAAAGGCAACAAAUUUAAUGCUCACUCCUAUUUACAAGCGGCCAAAUUUGCCAUCGAUGUGGACCCGCAACUAUUCCCUAAAAUGUGUGUCAAAUUGAAGACAACCAAUAUUGCCCCUUGGCUAUCGAAUAAUCGCAAUACGAAAUUCAAAAUCAAUUCUAUUAAACACAACAUGGCUGAGCAUAAUAAUAAAAUGACUUCGGCCAUUAUUGAUGAAUGUGCCAAACGUAAGGUUGAAGAUUGGUGUGCCCGAAAUGCCAUGGCUCAACAUGCUGCUGCUGAUAUUGCUUCGUCCUCGGAAAAUUUAGAAUCUUCUGGAACCGAGAGUGGUCACGAUCAUCACAUUGAUGAUAUAACAUUUGAUGAUUCUGUAUCCGUGGUGCAUGAAAAGAAUAGAAAGGAUUCCAAAUAUCCAGCUCAACAUCAUCAUCAUCAUGAACAUAAACGUAAGGAAGAUCCCGAUGAACUACCGCUUAACUAUUUAGGCAAAGCGGGUAAAUUAACUAAAAUCAAACAGCAAAAAUAUUCGAAACAAAAUUUACCACCACGAGCCCAAUCAACUGCAUUUAAUAUGAACACGCAAGAUCAGGGUGAUGAUAAUGACAUGUUUCAGCUGAAUCCCCCGAAGCCAAAAGUUUCCAUGCCGGCGGCACCAACCAUAAUUUCUACCACAUCGACGAAUUCCACAAAUGUUUCCUCUCGUAUACGUAAAUUGGCGGAUGUACGUCUGGAACAGGCCAGAAAACAGCAGCAGCAACAACGUCAGAAACAAAAUCCACGUGAUUUGGUAAAUUCUAAUGCCGGAACCACUUCUGUUGUAUCAGCCGGUGGAGGUGGUAGCACCGAUGGCGAUAGUAUAAUUUCAAUGCGCCAGCAACGUUUAAUUGAUUUACGUAAAAAAUAUUCGCAAAAAGAUCGAGAAUCUAAAUCAUUUUCCGAUGAGACAUAUAAUGUUACUUCAAAUGUCCCUGCUGCUGCUGCUCAAGUGAAUUUGCCUUCAGGUGGCACACGUACUCCGAUUAGUUCCCGCACCCAACGUUUACUUGGCAUGCGACAGAAGUAUCAACUGCACGAUACAACACCACAUUCCAUAGAAAGUCCAUCAACCCUUAAUCCAUAUGAACGGUUGGAGCAAUCUACAGCCACCGGCAUUGAUGAUUCCAAUUUCGAUAAAACACAAGAUACUCAGGAUUCGUCGGUGGGAAAUAAUUGUAGCAAACAAUUCAGUGAAAUGGGACGUAAAUUGUUAUCAUCUACAAUUAGUAGCGCCACCGAUAACUCAUUGAUUGGGGCAAUGUCUAGCUUCAAGAUUAAUGAAAAUCCAACCAAAGAAGAAACAAGAAAUACUUUUGAUAUAUUCAAGGCAAUUGAUUUUGAAACUAAACCAAAGAAUUCUGUAAAUAGUAGUGACAAGGAAUCUCAAAGUGCCUAUGAUGGUUUGACAUUAGUACCGGCCGGUUUUGAUAUAACACGUUUACAAAAAUAUCGUGAUGAAGAAAAUCACUGGCAUCGUAAAAAGACAACACGCCAUGAAAAUUUGCCGCAUGAUGACCAGACUGCUGUAUCAUCAUCGGAAGAAUUUUUAAUACCCAAUGAUGGCAGGAGUACAAAACAUGAUGAAAGUGGUUCCUCAUCUGAUUUCUUUCAAAUAAAACCACCAGCUAUAAAACAGAAACACAAUUCAAAACGUCUAGCUCCUCGCCCACUGGCUGGUAUGCAACGUAAAGAAAACGAAAAUCCAAAUGUAGAUGGCAGCAUUAAAACUAUCCUUGAUCAAUCUAUACCCAGUAUACCUGAUACCGAUAAUGUAAUACAACCACUUAAAUACUCUUCUCAGCAACGGGAAGUGAAAGUUCCGAAAAUAAAGAAUAGCUUUAACAAAGCGGCGGCCACCUAUGAUGUCAAUAAUUAUAGCAGUGAAAUUUCGACUUCCUCCACAACAAACUCAACGCCAAAUAGUGAAAAACAUUUACAGCGAAAACAUCAUCAGCAUCGACAAUUGAAAUCUCCAUCAAUGCAAAUUUCCAAAAUUGAUGAAAUUUUACAACAACAUCUGCUGGAAAAGGAACGUGGUAAUACAAAUAUUCUAGAUUUAAAGAAUAGCAUAACCAGCCCACAACGAUCUCAAACAUCUGCUGUAUCAUACACACGAAUAGAACGAACGCCACAUAACAACAAUUCGCUAUCAUCAAAUGAUUUCACGGAUAGCGAGACACGUUCCAAAUCAUCUACCAAUAGCGAUGAGAAAAUUCUCCUACCAGCCGGAAAAUCACCAGAAAAUAAACAUAUGAAAAAUAUGUACAACUAUAAUACUCUUUUGGAAGUGAAACGUACCGAACAUCUGCCCAUAAUCGAGGGUGAAAUUGCAAUGCAAACCAAAUUCAUUGAUCAUUUGGUAUUGGCCCAUUCCAGUGUACCAUUGGAACCAAUAGAAAAUGUGACAGAGGCCCCAUUUCUGCCAGAGAUUUAUGAAGAAAUGCGAAAUAUGCGCGUCAACAAGGUCUAUCGCAUUCAGGUGUACUCGUGGUCUCAUGUCUUGCGGGGUAACUCAUUGUUUGUGGUAAAUCCGGCAAGAAGUGGUAAAACAUGGUCAUAUCUACCGGCACUGUGUAGCUUAGUCUGUUGUCGUUAUCAACGUGUCAAAGAGUCAUAUGGUCCAGUUGCCAUCAUUUUGGUGGCCUCUUCGAAACAUGUUGAAUCGGUUAACGGUUAUUGUCGUCGUUUAAUGAGCGGCCUCAAAGCCGACGCCCCCAGUUGUGUACCCUCAUAUGGUAUGCGUAAUUUUAUCGAUACCAAGGUGCAAUUGCUCAAUGGGUGUGGUAUAUUAAUCACAACACCUUCAUCCCUGUUGCGGCUGUUGCGUGAUAAUGCCAAUGAACCUCUAUUUGACAGUGAACGCCUACAACAUAUUGUCAUUGAUGAUAUGGAUAUUAUGUUAUCACGUUCCCAUGAAGAUUUUGAGUCUGCUGUUCGUAUUGUUUUUAAAUUGUCGAAAAAAUCGAAAAUUAAAACGUUGCAGCCACAAUUGAUUGUUACAUCGCGGGAUUGGGAUGGUGUUAUGAUACGUUUAAUACGUAAAUCAAAUCAACCCUUGCUGUUGAUUGGUGACUUCUUAGAGGCAGCUGUCUAUGGACGAGCUGCACUAUCGGUGAAAUUGAAAUCUAGUCAGGAGAAAAAUGAUACCAUUUUACGUUUCAUAAAGAAAUGCACGGAAAGUCUACAGGGAGAUUUGGAACAUGGCCGUAUGCUUAUUAUGUGCAAUAGUGAUGAAGAUGUACGCAAUGUUGUGCAAUUUAUUACGGAGUGUGGUUAUCCUUGUUUGCCCUAUUAUAAUCGUUCAACCGAUAGCGAACAAGCCACCGUGGAUGAAUGGAAGAAGAAAGUUUCCUCACAAAUUCUCGUCUGCACCGAUGCCCGAUUUCCCGAAUUGAAAAUACAAAAUGUCUACAAUUUAAUACACUAUUCAAUGCCAACAUCAUGGACACAAUUUACAACACGUUUCUCAGCAUUGGCACAAACCUAUGAUAAUUUUGUAUCAAAAAAAUUCGAAGAACAACCGCCACAGCCACUAAUAGCCGCUACAUCGCCACGAUCACUAGAUGCGACCUCUUCGGCCCACUCAAUGAUAUUACUAGACGAAGAUAAUAGUUUACAGCUACCGCGUUUAGUUGACUUUUUACGUAAACAUAAUCAAUCGGUACAUUCGGACAUAUUGGCUGUGUCGAAACGUGUUCUUAUCGAACGUGAGGAAUCACGCUUGUGUAAGGGAAUUUUGCUAUGUCCUCAGCUACUCGAAUUUGGCGAAUGUGAUGAUACACGCUGUGAUAAACGUCAUGAAUUGACACGUUUCGAUAUAAUUGAUGAUCGUGAUGAUAUACCAUCAGAUGGUGAAUUGAGAAUACAUAUUUUAAAGGUAUUUUCCCCCACCCACUAUGCUGCUCGCCUUUUACUACACAAAGCACCUAACUCGACACAAUGGCAGGAAAUUCGUCGCUCUGGGGAAAAUUUAACAUAUUCUGUACAAAUGGAUCAGCAUUAUCGUAACGAAGAUAAUCUAUCGCUACAUUGGCCACCAUACAUCAAUGAUUUGUGUAUGUACAAAUAUGGUGAUAAUUUCCGUAGAGCUCGCAUCCUUGAAGCUCCCGAUUUGGCUGGUAAAAACCUUAAUAUUGUCCAGGCCAAUUUAAAAGUUACCCUAAAAUUAGUCGAUGUUGGAAUUGUGAUAAAUUCCGUCAAAUGUAGUGAACUAUUCAUUUGUGAUGAAAAAUUCAAAGAAUUCCCCUAUCAAGCCAUCGAUAUUCGACUUAUGAAUGUGGUGCCAUUCGAUAAUGAACGUACCUGGGAUUCGAAAACAACGAAGCAGGUACAAAAUUGGAUUAUGGAUGAAAUCAAAGCAAAUCAUGUGGUCCAGGUGGGUGUGACAUUUGCCUUUGCCCAAACCAUAUGGGUUAACAAUUUGGUGGUAAUGGAAAAGUUGUCGACCCUUGGCACCUAUAGGCCAUAUGUUAAUUUGAAGUUGUCGCUAUUAAAACGAAACUUUGCCUUGGCCAGUAAAGGAGGUGAACGAAAACAUGUACGUGAUAUUGCCAUGGAAUAUGGUUUAUUAAAGACCAAUGCCAGCAGUGUCAUGAUGAGCUGUGAGGCUACCAAUCUUAUUGAUACCACCCUGGAAGAUUACGAGUCGUGUCAUAGUGAUUUAAUAAAAUUCUCAUCCUCCACGGGGGAUGCUAUGACAAAUACCAGUAUUGAUUCGGUAACAAAUGAUUCUCUAACAAAACAAGAGAAAGAGAUGGGAAGCAGCGGCGGCGGAGGAAUUGCGAAAGAAAAUCAAAAUUACAACCAAAAUUUGUAUAAAAAGAAAGAGGAAAGCAGCAGUGUGUCGAAGGGGAAUCAAAAUGAGAAGCUGAGUUUGGAUACAAAGGAGUAUAAGGCCACAAAAAGUGCAACAAAGGAAUCGUUUGACAACGAAGAAAAUUGGGAUGAGUUACAAUGCGAGGACCCAAUUGAGGGCAAAGAACGUGGAGAGAUUUAUUUACCCCUAACAACUCCAUCCACCAACAAUCAGAAUGAACACAAAGCGAAAGGAGAGGAGCUUUGGUCCCAGUUGCCAUUAAAUGAUCUGACCAAAGUCGAAAUUGGUGACGAAAGUGAAAAUGGCAAUUGGGAAAAUAUUUUCCUACAAAUCAUCGAUAAAAAGCAUAUGGCCAUGUUUGAUGACCUCAACGAAUUAAUCAAUCGUCAUGUGGCCAAUUUAAAGACCAUAGCCGAAAAGGAGCCCCCCAAGCGUAUUUACGAUUUUGAACCACUACACAAUUGUAUUGUCAAAUAUGAUAAUAUGUAUUUGAGAGCCAAGGUCCAUGGCGUAUUUGGUAAUAGUGUUAAAAAACGACUAUAUCGAUUUUUCCUUUGUGACUAUGCCUGUUUUACCAAUGCCAAAUCCAGUGAACUUUAUAAUGAUUUUCUAUAUGAAACCACCGAAGAAAUUGUCCAGUUUAUACCCUAUCAGGCUGUGCACUGUACAUUGGCUGGCAUACAAAUGGAUCGUUUUGCCAAGCGAUAUAAAGUUACCAAAGAAUAUCUGUAUGCAUGUGCAGUGGAGCAAAGAUCGGCGGAGGAAAAACAGUCAUUAAGUUUAAAUAAUCUUCCGAUUUAUUCGUACAAAAUCCUUUUGUAUGAAUGUGAAAAAUCGGGUGAUUUUCGGCAUGCUGAAAUGUUUAAUCGCACCCUUGUCGACAAGGGUAUAACCUCAGUGGAUGAGGAUAAUAAACAUUAUUUAAAAUAUAAAUUAUGUUUAGACGAUGAUGAUGAUAAUUCCAGUGAGGAUGUUAAAGCUCAACAGCCAGCAUCUGGCAUUGUUCAAAUGAAUUCUUCUACCAGUGGAAGUGAUAUUAGUGAUGUUUAUACAUUCGAACAAUUAUUGGAGUGUAUUGAAAAAUCUCAUGAAUUAGAUAAACUUGAUAAUAAUUUAUUGGAUGAGGCCAAAACAGUGAUUGAAGAAAUCAAAGAAAACACUAAAGAAGAGGAGGCGGGUAAGAAAAAUAAAGUAAAAAAUAUAACAGAGCAAACCCCAAAUGAAUUAACCAAGAAAUCUGAAAUCACCAAGAAAUUGCCAAAUUAUGACGACGAUGAAGACCAUUGUACAACAACUGAAGACGAUUCGGAUAAUAAGAAAUCAUCCUCGAUUUCCAUUAGCUCAUCAAAUGAUGAUGGUUCCUACAUUGUAACCCCACCGCCAAUAUUAAAAGCCCUCUAUAAACGCCCAAUGACAACAUGGUAUGAAACCGAUUGCUUAAUUAUCAUAUCAAUAUAUGCCCCUGACAUUACCGAAUACAACUUGGAAAUAACACAAAAAUCGGUAUUUUUCAACACCAUUAUACAAGACGAAGAAUAUGUUGUAUUCCUCAACUUACUCGGCUCAAUUGAUCCCCAACAAGUAUCGCAUGAAAUUAAGGGCUUAAAUGUCAUAAUACGUUUAGUUAAAAAUGUAUUUGUAACAUGGCCCCGUCUACUCCAAGAAUCCACGAAAUAUUCUUGGUUAAAAUUUAAUUACAAUGCAAUUGCUGGAUCGGAAUUGGAGCACAUAAUGCCGCAGCAACGUUUACAGGCGAUAUUAGAGAAUGCACCAAAUAUUGAUGAAUCUCGCAUAUUCGAUGAACUAGAUUCGGAUGACAGUGAAAAAGAUCGCUAUCAAACGUUUAAUCCCAUCGAUACAAAUGCCGACGAUUAUGAUCCUUUUUCAAUCUAAAAA